AUGCGCGCACGCAUGGGGCAGGCGCGGGGCAGCAGGGGUGCAGGGGGACACAAGGGGGAAAGCAGCAGACUCGCAGAGAAAGAGGAGGGGGAAAUGAGCGGAAUGUGUGGGGCAGAGGGGAAGGGGAUUGGAGGGAUGAGGGGGGAUGCGUGGGGUGGUGUGAGCGCGGUUGACUGCCACUUGCUCUUCCCGCCCGUUCCCCGCUCCCGCCAUGCCUCUGCCUCUCGCACUCACGGCGCUGCCACGCACUCAUGCCAUCUCACUCUCCACUCGCGCACUCACCCUGCCAACCCGCGCACAACGCACGCUCUUGCCGCCACUCGCGACUUGCGCCGCACGACUGCCGGGCAGGCGGGCGGCGAGCGCCACGAUACGCGCGCAGGCGAAGCACGCAGGGGUGGUUGGGGGGAGCGGGGCGCUCAUGGGCGGGUAGAGUGGGUGCGGUGCGCGCGGGCAGGCGCGAGGCACCUCGCAUCACUCCGCAGCAGCGUCCCGCGCAUCCGUCCGCGAGUGGCGGGCGCUGCCAAUGGCGCUGGCGCGGGAAUGCGCGCCUCUCGCGCACCUCGUCAAGCGCGCAGCUGCCGCUUCAGUGGCGCCCACGCGGCUGCAGGCGCGGCUGGCGGGAGGGCGGUGCGCGCACGCAGGCGAGGCGCGCAGCAGCCGCGCGCACCGCGCGACGUCGCUAGCGCUGGACGAACGCGGCACGAGCCAUCCGUGGCAACGAACGCGCAUCCACUGCACCGCGACACCGCAACAUGA